AUGUCGACCCGUCUACCCGUGCGACUGGGCCUGGGCGAUCCAAGGCUCCAGAACUACAUGAUCUCUGCCAAGCCAACACCAUCAUCUUCAUCAGCAACUGCAGCAACGACCGCUUCUUCCUCUUCAUAUGGACGCCAAGAUCGGAUCCCAGCCGUGGGUGUGACUGCGCCAGGAGGUUCCUAUCCUUCUGAAACUGUCCGUAGUGGCAUCAGUAGCAGCAGCAGCAGCAACAGCCAUCAUCGUGCGAUACCGCCCUUCCACCCUCCUUCCUCCUCACCUUCCGCACCCGACCAGAGCUCCAGCAGGACAUACCCCGAGUCACCAUCAACGAGACAGACCUCAAUAAGCCAUUCCAACAACGGACAAUGGAACGACGUCAACGCUGCAGCAGUUGGGGGUCGACAUUCUACAUCGCCCGGAUCACAACCUAGGUCAUUGCCCAGCCCAACACCUUCAAUGACACCCAUGUCACCUGAUUAUCGCCACAGCCAUGACCCAUCCCACCAGCAACAGCACCCCCAGCAGCACCGAACCCACCAGCAGCACGACUUGUUGUCGCCUUUGGCUUCUGAAAUCGAAUUGGGUUCUGAUACCAAGCCAUUGACACCGCUGUUCCGAUCCAACUCCCCACCUGCCUUCAACUCAAUGAGUCACCGACCUUCAUCGUCAGCGUCUCACUUGGGAUCUGCCCACAUGACCAACUCGCUUUCUGCGACAAGCAAUGGGUCUGCUGGUGUAUCAGGUGUUGUUCAUCCCAGCCCUGCCUUGGACCGCCGCGCGGUGACUCCCCCAGCGACCAGUCUGGGCUGGUCCGCCAAGCACCACCACCACAGGAUACCCGUCCGUUCUCCGGACCGUGCUGACCAUGAGCUCUUGACAACCUCAACCACUGACAGUGAGCCCAGCGCCUACAUGAACAUGAAUUUUUACGAUAUUUACCGCCAGAACCCCAAGCUCCUCCGUCCCGAGGGAGGCCGUCACGAGGAACGCCGACUCCAGGCUUUCCAUCACCAUCAAGCCAACCCUCAGUACCACCCUCAUCCUCACCCCGACAGCGCCUGCCCUGGUGACUAUUCCCGUCCCAUUAGUCAUGCCAAGCGAUCUUCUGCUGGAGGACUCGGUGGACUCUCUCGUCGUCAAUCGAUGCCUCUUAUCUCGACGGCUACUCAACGUGUCCUCCGACAUGAAGAUGCCAAGGUAGAGCAGCAGAUGUCGUUUGAUGAGCAUGUUGAUGAUAUGGCCGUGAAGCAGGAUCCGAACUACCAUUACCACAGUAGACAUCAUGGAUUGGGCAUUCAGCAGCAGCAGUCAACUUACGCAGGUGCUUACAAACACACAUCCGUUAUUCCGUCUCUCCAGGCUCGACCAGCACCCAUGUCGAUCCACCAUAUCCUCAGCGAUGAUACCACCCAUGGAUCAGAACAGGACCGGUUUUCGUUCCGCAGCGAUGACGAUGAUGAUGAAGAGACGGAUCGGUAUUCUGAGACCAUGGGUCUGAACUAUGGUUAUCACAGCGGUGCUGCGCCCUACUCGUCGUCGUCGAAGGCAUCGCAGAAGCGCAAACAGGACGAGAACGACGGCGAGCCCAAGAAGCGCAAGCGCAUCUCGAAGAAGCAGGCUGCGGAGAUGGGAUUGCUUGGUCCCGAAGGUGUUGUCAAGCGGAAGCGCACCAAGAAGAUUCGCGAACCCGGUUAUGUCUCGCCCACAGGAUUCUCUCAUGGUGGAGAGCGUGUUGUUCAGGAACCCGAGGAAGUUGUUGUUCUUGAGCCCGAUGUCGGACCCGUCUCUAUUCUCGAUCAUCAGUCGCUUCCCAAGAUCAUUUGGAAAGGUUACCCAUUGAACAUUUCGGGCAAGAUUGGAUUCGAAUUGCUCCAUCCCUAUGAGGUCCACAUUGCCUCGACUCUGCGUCUCUCGCCGGCUCAGUACCUCGCCUGCAAGCGCACCCUCAUCCUUGCUUCGCGAAAGUACCUCUCUGUCCCCAACGGCAAGCAGUUCAAGAAAUCGGAUGCCCAAAAACUGUGUCGUAUCGAUGUCAACAAGACCAGUCGUCUCUGGGAGAUCUUUGCCAAGGUCGGCUGGUUGGCCGGUAUCACCGAGCAAGACCUCUAG